AUGAUCAGUCAAUCCAUAAGAAGAUCAUUGCCAUUUCUUAGACCGGCAAUUCGGAGAAAUGGUCCAAAUUGCAUCUUCAAAUACAGUACACAAAUCGAUACAGAAGAUCAGGAGUAUAAUAUCGACGUCCAUAACAUCAGUAAUAGGUGGGCGAAAAUGCCCACAGAUGACCAGCAGGAUAUAACGAACUAUCUAGAGGUGAAGCAAGGGUUUGGAUGGAAGCAUUUGUCACGUGAUGAAAAGAAAGCCAUCUACUAUAUAGGCUAUGGGAAGUGGGGGGCCCGUGACAGGGCCAACAUGACUGUACCGGAGAUGGUAUUCAAGAGUCUGACAGUUUUAAUGCUAUUUGGAGUGGCUGGCUUUGCUGUUGUGAAUUACAAGAAGGAUAAGAGGUGGAUUGAUGAUGUUGAGGAAAAGGAGGUAGGCGACGCAAAGAGUCGAUCGACGUGA